CCUUGUUCCCUCUUGUCCAUUUGUUGCGGCGCCCUAAUUUCAUCUUCAUUCUCAGUUUGUAUACUCCGAACAAACAAAAAUGGCGUACGCAGCUCCUAAACCCACGAAGCCUGGUUUGGAGGAGUCCCAGGAGCAGAUCCACAAAAUCAGGAUCACCCUCUCCUCCAAGCACGUCCAAAAUCUCGAAAAGGUUUGCGGUGAUUUGGUUCGUGGUGCUAAGGAUAAGCGUCUUAGAGUGAAGGGACCUGUUAGGAUGCCCACUAAAGUUCUUCACAUCACUACCAGGAAGUCCCCUUGUGGAGAAGGUACCAACACCUGGGAUAGAUUUGAACUCCGUGUCCACAAGAGAGUCAUUGACCUAUACAGCUCUCCAGAUGUUGUUAAGCAAAUCACCUCCAUCACCAUUGAACCUGGUGUCGAGGUUGAAGUGACCAUUGCAGAUGCCUGAUCUUGAUCCCAUUUUUAACUUGUUAUGUCUUCCAUUUCUUCUUUCGACCUAUGUAUUUUGAUAGUUUUGGUAUUUCCGACAAAAUUGGCCUGUUUUCUUUAGUUUUACGGUUCUGAACAUAGAUGAGUACUUUGAGAAAUGUCAUGCUUAAUAUAUUUCAGAUUCUUACGUUAUUAUGGUAAUGUAUUACAAUAUUUUUGCGUUCA